UGUGAGUGUGGUUCUCUACUUACUUCUGUAUGCUUUGAGAGCCUUUCUUGGGCUAUUGCCAACCAUAUCAUUCUUUUUCCUUUCUUGUCUAUUCCUUUUUCUUUCUUUCUUUAAUCUACUGAAUCUUUUCUAUCAGUUUAAGAGGGAUCAUUUCUUUGAAUUCUUCAUAAUCAUCAGUCUCUAUACAUGGCUACUGAAACUGUUACAUCAGAUCAUCCUAUACCUGCCUCUGAGAAAAUUGAGAAGGAAGUGCUUGAAGAGGUUAAGACUAUGGAAGAAGAGAGUGUAACCCCUACUAAAGAGAAUGGAACAAAACCAAUAGAAGAGGAUUCCCCUAGUCCACUGGUUUCUUCUACUGAAUCAGUGGAAAAAAUAGAGGACACAAAAAGCGAAGCUCCAGUAAUUGAAGAGCCAAAGAAGGAUAGCGAGGAAGAAAAGCCGAAAGCUGAGGAACCAGGCUCAACUAUAGCUGAAGAAGUACAGAAAGCUGAUGAAGGAGAGAAGCCAACAAUAGAGGAGCAACCAGCAACCAUUAUUGAAGAAUUAAAGGAGGAAGAAAAGCCUAAAGCUGAUGAACCAAUUUCAGUAAUAGUCCAAGAAGUAAAGAAAGCUGAUGAGGAGCCAACAAUAGAGGAACCACCACCAACCAUCCUUGAAGAGGUAAAGAAAAGUGAUGAGGAAGAGAAGCCAAUAGUUGAUGAGCCAUCGCCCCCGGCAAUUGAAGAGGUAAAGAAAGCUGAUGAGUACCAGAAGCCUAAAGCUGAUGAAAUAUCGCCACCUCCGCCCACAACUGACGAGGAGGAGAAACCAAAAGCUGAGAAACUGGCAAGCACACCUGCUACUUCAGCAGAAUCAGAAGAAAAGACCGCAGACAAGGAAAUUAAGCCUCCAACUAUUGAAGAAGUUAAGAAACUAGAUGAGGCGCCUGCAUUGGAUGUUACUAGCAAAGAUAUUCCAGAAUUAUCCAAGGAACCUGCCCCUGAACCAGAAGCUCAAAGUAUUCCUGAGCAAGUUGUUGAUGUUACCAAAGGUGAACUAGAGGUGCAACCAGGGGCUGAAAAGGUUGAAAUUUUGGAGAAAGGAUCUGAAAAUGAGCCUGUCAAUGAAAAGCCUGAGGAGCCGCCAACAACAGUUGACGUUGUGGAAACAUCAGUUGAGGCAGUUGAGGACAAGAAGGAGCAAGCAUAUUUAGAGGCCAGUGAACCACAAAAAGCUGUUGUAACAGUGUCAGAAGUUCCAGCGGCAGAACCUAAGAUAGAAGAAAUUUCAGUAGCAGCUCCCAUUGCAGAGGAAAAGCCAACUGAAGCUGCUGAAAAGAUUGAGCAAGAAGCUGCUGAGGCCGUUACUGGAAAAGAUGAAGCGAUUCCAGUAGAUAAAGUAGAAGAAGCCCCAAAAGGGGAACCUCUUCUUGCAGAGAGCUCGAAACAAGUAACUUCAACCACUUUAGGAACACUAAUGCAGAAAACAGAUGAGGAAGGCCCUGCUGAAGUUGCGGGAGACAAUGCUGUUGUUGAGGAGAAAGAAAAGGAAUCGGUUCCAGAGGCUACAGUUGCUGAAGCACCAGCAAAAGAAGAGGUAGAAAAAGUCAAAAGAGAAACAAAGGAUGUGAAAACUGAUGAUCAAGAUAAGGGAGAGAAAAGUGUUGCGACUGAGGAAUUAGCUGCACCAGAAGCAAAGGUUAUUGAAACAUCUGAAGUUGCCGAAAAGGCCCCAGAAGUGGAGAUUAGUUCCAGAGACAUUGAACCAAUUGCUGAAAAUGGGAGCAAAAAUGAAGAGAAAAUUGCUGCAACUGAAGCCAAUGAAGCUGCAGAAGUUGAGAAGAAAGUGGAUGAGGCAACAGCUAAUGCUAGUGAACCUUCAGCUGAAGAAGCUCAGAAGCCAGAGACAGAGGCAAAAGAUGAGAAAAUUGCUGAAGCUGAGAAAGAAGUUGAGGAGAUAGCAAAAACAGAAGAAGUUCCAGUGAAGACAAAGCAAUCAAGCAACCUUAUGUCUAAGGUGAAGCAGUCCCUUGUAAAGGCAAAGAAAGCAAUCAUUGGCAAGUCCCCCAACUCCAAAUCUGAAUCAAAGAAUGAAGUCAAAACCAAAUAAGAUAUCAGAAGCUCUGAGAUAAAUAUUACAAUGAUCCGAAGCGAGUAAAUUUACUAGUGGUGUGAUCUUUAUUUUUCUUAUUCUUAAUCUUUUUCAUUUUUUGGUCACCAGGGGUCAGGUAUAUCGCUAUGUUGUCUUGUUUCGUAUGAUUCUAGUGUUUGCCCAUAGGUAUUGUAUAGUUGUGCUUUGCUUUCUACUCUUCCAAACUAGAGAGAAUGUUCCUUUUUAUGAUUUUCUUUUCAUAUUUGACUGUUGAGUUUGUGAGUUUGUGGAAAAACAUAUUCAAUUGAUUGGAUAAUGAUGUACAUAAAGUGUCAUAUUUCUAUAUAUAGGCUUGUCCUUGUUGCUUGUC